AUGGUCGUCGCUGAUAUAAACAAAGACAACAGAUCGGAUAUUGCUCUUGUAUUAGAAAAAGAUCUUCAUGUAUUCUUAAAUACUGAUGUUGGUAAAUUUACUCAUCAUAUAGUUCACUCUCUCAUCUGGAUUCCAUUAUUUAUGGUAGCAGUUGAUAUUAAUAGAGACAAUAAAUUGGAUAUAAUCGCCAUGUACAGUAGUCAAUGUCGAAUCUCUGUUAUUUUUAUUGAUGAUACCUAUACAUUUAUAGAUCAAACUUACAUUGAAACUAAAUCAAGACCAAGUAAUAUAGCAGUUAUUGAUGUCAAUGAAGAUAAUAAUCCUGAUAUUAUUGUUACAAAUUACGAAAUGAAUACAAUUGGUAUUCUUUUUAAUAAUGAAAAUGGUACAUUUAUUAAUCAAAAAACGUAUCUAACUGAUGAUAUUGCCUAUUCUUUAGAUACAGCUGAUAUGAAUAAUGAUAAUAAAAUCGAUAUUAUUCUCGUAUGGGACGGAAUAUUUGCUAUUUUAUUUAAUCUUGGAAAUAGCAAAUUUUCUGCUCCAGUAAAAUAUUUCUUUGAUUUUCGUAGUACACAUCUGAUUAUAGCUGAUGUCAAUGCUGAUAAUAAACUAGAUAUAAUUUUUUUACCUGUCAAUGAAGAGAAAAUUUUUAUUUAUUUCAACAAGAACAAUGGAAUAUUUACUGAUUUCAAAACUUUUCAAAUUAAUAAUGUACCAAAACAGGUAACAAUGGCAGAUAUAGAUAAUGAUGGUAAAAUGGAAGUUAUUUUUCGCCAUAAUUGGGGUAUUAAGAUAUUAACAUUUAAUUGCUGA